CUCUCCGUUCGCUCCGCCGUUCCGCGAUAUGGAAUAUGCCUGUUCUGUCUACUGUACCCUGGACAUUAUCUUUCUAUCUUGUCUAUACGUAUGCGGGUGGAGAUGUGGAUGUUAGUACGGUGGAUUUGGUAGACUACGACCCCCUUAGCGCGUCGAAAGGAGUAUCCGCCGAUGGCGGGCGGGUGGACGGGAACGGAGUCGUGUAUGUACGAUUUUUGCUGCCUGUCGUCUGUGUGUUUGAGUCGUGCGAUGUUCGCUGCUGACUGAACUGGGCAGGUCGGAGCUACUUCUGGAUGUACAACAUUGGUAUUCGUACACACGUCCUAUCGCGGAGCCGAAAUCAUCUAAAUAGCGAGUGGCGAGACGCUGUCAGAUUUGUCUAACAUGACUCUCGCUAAGUAAUGGUCCCUUCCAUCACCUCCGAUGUCGUUCACGAUAUUCGACGGUCGCAGAAAGAGAUAGUCAUUGCGUGCUUCGAGUCAUGCGUAUCACAACGGGGGCAGACGAAAAUUUCGGGAUCAGAGAAAUUCUUUAUCUCUUUUACAUGGAUUGCGAGCGAGGAUGUGUGGAAACUGUCAUCUCCAUGCUCCACCUAUCCAUUGUGGCGAAUGAUAAGACAUUUCAAAUUCACACAAAUGUGGGAAAUUAUCGUCGACCCAAUUCAUAGCUGGUACGGGUAUGUUGGUUGUAACAUGCUCGCAGGGGAGCCAGAAAGGCAAUCCCCGAUGAAUCCACAACACGCUCUCCGGAAGUUCAGAAUGAUUGACCAGGCAUCCAUCAUUUUGCCUUCUCGUCCAGCCAAUGGCCAAGUGUCUCAGAUGCACACCUUGAUCUACUCACCUUUUCAAUCUUGACUGUGGAUACGCUGUUAAGCGCGAGGCGACAAGGAA